AUGGUCACCGAGCUGGCUCUAAGUCUCGACUUUAAACGCGAAAUUAUUCGAAUGAUUGUGAGCACUUUUAACAUUUUUCAUCAUUUCCUGGGGGUUUUUCGACUGCGCCGAGACAAGUUUUCCCGGAAUACGACUUUUUGAAUAUUCUGGAAUUAUAAACUGUCGUUUUUUUCUAGUUAUGUUUAGAAAUUUUAGUGUAGAAGCUUUUUUUGGGUAAUAAUAAGGCUGGUAAUGGAUAAAGUGAAAACUUACUUUUCAACUCUCACCAACUUGUUUUACAAUUUUAAUAAAUGAAUCUUAUUUUUCAGGGGUGUGAAGUGGUGUUUUCGUUUGCUAACGACAUCAACGCGGAGCUUCAGUACGGAGAACUGCAGGCGUUUCAUCCGUAUGAGGUAGGUUAAUAGUUUUGUUCGUUCUUUUUGGUUUUAGGAGGUUCUUAUGUCUGCUUUUGUGGAAAAGUUUACAAAGGCAUUAAGGAAGGUGCUGACAUUGAUUAUGAGGGUUUUCUUAAUGUUUAAAUGUGGGGUUUUUAUGUUAUUCAUGCUUUUUUGGGCACUGAUGUAGAUAAAGAUUUGUUUUAAUGUUUUAAAAAGACUCUAUGGAGAAAUUUUUUAUUUAACAGUUCAAGAAAACAUUGAAGAUGGUUGCAAUUUAGUUUAUAACACGUAGCUUUACCUGUUUAUUACACUUUUGAUGUUAUUCAUGUUUGUUGGUCUACCUCUUCGAACAAAUUGACUUUCUAGGUUUAUUUUAAGAAUUUUUGUACAAAACUAGGGUCAGUUUGUUAAAAAAUUCUCUAUUAUAAUUCUUUUUAUAUUUUAGCAUAUUCUUGGCGUGGUAAUGACGACACAUCGGGCCAAUCGUUGUUUGGAGAUUCCUCUUUCAUCCUUGUCGUACUUUAAAUGCAGAUAUGACGAGCCACAUAGACGUAAGUUUAAUUUUUUUUUGUUUUUUGAUUUUUAGGUAUUUUAACAUCUUUUGUUAUGUCUUCGAUCAAUGUAGAUAACUUUUGACUUUGAAAAUUAGGGCUUUGUGUUAUACAUCACCUAUAGUUAUAUUUUUGAUAUUUUUAUUUGAAAGGAGUAAAUUUUGAGGUUUUUAUGCGACAAAGAAGAGAGUAAAGGUGUUGCUCAUGGUCUCUGUUAUGUUUUUAAAUCAAUAGAUUGUUUUAGAAUUCAAAAUUGACGGUGAUUAUCACGACAUGAUUGAGGACGAAAAGAACCUUCAAGAAUGGCAGCCGGAGCUCGAGUUCGAAGAGACUAUGACAUUAGAAACGAAGAAACGAUGGUCAGUGGAAGCCAUGUUUGAAGCGAAUGUUAAACUUGGAGUUCAGUCAACCUUUGAAGGCAUCGAUAACUACAGCACGUAAGUUUGGACUAUAACAAUACAGAAUUUAGUUUGAAAAGCUGACGUACAAGGCUUAUUGUAGUAUUUUAAGUGGUAUUUUAUUAAAAAGUGUAUACUAUGGUAAUUUUUUGAUAUUUUUAAAUUUUAAAAUAAAAAUUUUGACAUUUUCAGCGCUCAACCAAUGGGUAACGAAGAAGAUCGUAGACGUGCCGAAGCCAUUGCAUUGGAAAUCGAGAGGAACGAGCAAAGCAAGUACAAUGCGUGCCUGGAGAAUGACGAUGAAGAGCGUGACAUAAAGGAAUACGAAGCAUCACGGCCGCCUGUUAAUCGACCAUCAGCUGUUAAUCAACCACCAGUGGUUCGACCGAUCCCUCCAGUUCGGCCAACUUCAGCUAACAAAUUGGCAUCUCAAUCGAAGGUAUCUGGCAAAGUUACAGGCGUUGGAUCGCAUCAGUCUGGCCAUGGAUCAGCUCAGAAUAGCCAUGGAUCAGGUUCGAAUAGUCAAGGCUCAGCUCAGAAUAGUCAUGGCUCAGCUCAGCCUCUAGCCAAGGAGAAUAUUGAGUCUUGGAGAAAGCCGAAGGCAAGCACAACUCAACCGACACCAUCCUUAAUACAGCCAAACGUCUCCUCAACUCAAUCCAAGCCAUCAAGCCUUGGAACGUUCCAGGCGGGCCUUGGCACGCCUCAGGCCAGCCAUGAUGCACUGACCAGCCAUACAACACCUCAGGCUAACUUUGGCUCAUCUCAGAAUUUGGCCAAGGAGAACAAAGAUCACGGCAAGAAGUUCACUGGAUCUCAACAAAAUUCAUCUUCAGCUCGGCCAACCUUCUCCUCAACUCAAAGCAGGUCAUCAAGCCACUCUUCUCAGCCCUUGAACAAGGAACACAACGACAGAAGGUUCAAGAACGCAGUCAGACCUUCAACUCAAGUCAGUCGGCCUUCAACACACUUCAACUCGACCACAAUUCAAGCUAAUCCAUCUUCAACUCAACCAACCUUGUCUUCGAAUGAACCUAAGCCAUCAGGCUUGAUUUCAGGCCAAUCCGUAACGUCCUCUCAACCCUUGGGAAGGCAGGACAAUGACCAAAAGUUCAGAAGUGGAGCUCGACCUUCAGCUCAAGCUAAUCAACCUUCAACUCAGGUGAACGUGCUUUCAACUGAAGCUAAACCAUUGUCUUCAUUUCAGAACUUAUCUUCGUCUCAGGGCUCUUUGAAACAGAAUAAUGAUCAACGGUUCAAGGCAGGGUCCCGACCUUCAACUCAACCCACUCCACCGUCAACACACUCCAAUUCGAUCACAAGUCAAGCCAACCCAUCCUCAACUCAAUCCGACUCUCGAAUUCAGCCCACUGCACCCCAAGCUCAUGUGGAACAACCUCAAACCCGGCCAAAGUCAACAACCCCGCCCUCAUCUCAGGCCAACUCCACUACCCCACCCUUAUCUCAUGCCAACUUCACCACCCCACCUUCAACUCAGGCCAGCUCGACCACUCCACCCUCAUCUCAAAACUCGGCCAAGGAGAACAAGAAGUUCAAGUUCAAUGUGACGGCUCCGGAGUUUCGCCCCACCACCCAUCGUUACCCCACCCCGCCGGAACAAAUUUAUCAACCGGAAUUCGUGCCUCAGCCGGUUAUGGUCAGCUAUGGGCCGAUUCAAGGAAUGCAACAGCCAAUCCAGGUACCACCACCACAGAUACAACCUCAGAUCCAGGUUCAACAACAGAUUCCGCAACAACAGUUUCAGCCACAGGUAGGGGGUUUUGUAUUUGUUUAGGAGGUGGGAAGUGAAAUUUUUUAAUUUUAAAAUGCGGUUUUCGAAAUUUUUGAAAUUUCGAUUUCUAAAAUUUUAAAAAAAUUGAAUUUUGAUAAAAAUUUUUUUUUUCAAAAUUUUGAGUCAAAACCAACAAUUUUACUAUUUACAGAUGCAGUCCUACAAUUACGCGCCCAAUUACCAACAGAACCCCACCGUUCCGUUGGCCAGUGUGAAUACCUCUCAGUAUGGCCCAUUCGUUGUCGCUUCCCAAUACGCACCUCCACCUCAAUAUCAACAAAAACAAUUUGUUCCACUUCAAACUCCACGUCCUCAACAGCCGCAACAGUACCACCAACCGCUGUUCAUUCCUCCACAGCCACAACAAAUUCCGGUAAGGAGGGACGUGAAGUUGAAUUGGUGUUUGGGGGUGUUUUUUGUUUGAAAAAUUUGAAAUUUUAAAAAACCUAAAUUUGAGGAUAUGUUGUACUUGGUGUGAGGUAUAAUGAGACAGACCAUUGGGUGGUACUCAGGGGUGAGAAACGGGCCGUCUAGGCCCGGUUCUACGACCGGGCCGGGCCGGCCUUGAGCUAAAAUUGAAACGGGCUGGGCUGGAAGGUUAGGCCCUGGGCCUAGAAAUUUUCUGAUCGGGUUGGGCCGGCCUGAAAAAAAAUUAAAACGGGCCGGACCUAAACGUUUUGCCAGUCCCUUUUCUCACCCCUAGUGGUACUUUUAUAGUUUUCGGCGCUGUUUUUCUGAUUUUGGUCGGGCGCAGCUAACAAAAAGUGGUUUUGCAGGCUGCGCGGAAUUUUUAUACGAUAAGAGAAUAAUAAUGGUUGGAAAUGACAAAAAUGAAGGCUGUUUAAAAUAUUUUUGUGUUUUUAGGUAUACGUUUUAUUUUUUGAAAUUUUCUAAAAUUAAAAAAUUUUUUUUGAAAAAAUAAUAAAUAUUUUUUAAAUUGGUAAACUUGACAAAGUUAAACACAGAAAACUCAUUUCUUUCUAAUUUUAGGUCCAAUACCCUCCACCGCCACCAAAUCAGACCGUUCAAUAUUUCCCCGCUCAACAAUUCUACGCUCAACCCCGCCAUACUAUCCAGAGCAAUAAGUGGACUCGUACUGGUAUUGUGAUACUAUUCAGGUCUUAUUUCGAAUAUUUUGUGUCUUUUCCAAUCCAAUUUGGUCGCUUUUUCGAGGGUUGUACGGGUUUUUUGGUUGAUUAUGCUCAGGUUGAUAUACGGUAG